UCCAGGUGUUCGUGGAUCGUAUUCAAGGAGAAUUUGAAGAUUGCUCCGAUUCGCUAGGUUUGACAUCCGGGGAUAUCCACGACAACAACCUAACUGCGUCAUCCACGCUCCCGCCCCAGGCCUCACACGGUCCACAACACGCAAGGCUUCACAAUAAGCAUGCGUGGUGCGCCGCUAAUGAUACCGCUGGCCAGUUCAUACAGAUAGACCUCGAAGAAGUAAAAAUGCUCUCAUCUGUCCUCAUUCAAGGAGAUGCCCGGAAGGACUACUUCGUGACGUCACUUUAUUUGGCUUAUGGGAUAACUGCUGAUCACUGGCUCAACUACACUGAAAACAGCACCACUCGAAUUUUCAAAGGGAACCGUGAUCGUGAAUCAAUAAAAAAGCUUCACCUGAAAACGAAGAUUGCUGUGCGAAGACUCAGGAUCUACCCUGUCACGUGGUUUGCUCACGUGUGCCUAAGGCUGGAAUUAAAGGGUUGUGACGCAGAUCCCUUGACUCCCCUUGGUAUGUACAGCCACGACAUACCCCAUAGUUCAGUGAGUGCAUCUUCAAAGUACAGCGCUGUGUAUCCUGCACACGAAGCCCGCCUUCUCCACGGUGGAGGUAUCCAAGCUCCAACAGAUUAUGGCUGGAUAGCCGCAACCAGUGACCGAGAGCCUUGGUUGAAAAUAUUUAUCUUUUUUGGGCCUGUGUUCGUAACGGCUAUCGCAACACAAGGAAGGAAUAAACAGCCUCAGUGGGUUAAGUCAUACCAACUGGAUUAUGAACACAUGAACAGCACAAUGAUAGAAUACAGAGAAAGUGGUGUAGCCAAGGUAAGUGAUACGCAAAGAUUAUAAAUAAAAACGAAAAAAGGCGAGACAUU